UUUUUUCGUAAUUUUGGUGAAAUAAUACUAUUGGCUAUUGAAAUAACAGGCAAAAAUAUCAUUGCUCUUAUUGGGUGUGUGAAAUAAUAACAAAUAUUAGCGUUUGCAUAUUCAAACAAAACAACAAACAACUUUUAUUUCAAUUUCAAAAACCAUUAUCUUUACCAUAUCUUUACGGACUUCGUAUUUAUUCAAAUUACCCAAAACAGUUGAAGUGAACGUGCUAACGUAUCAUUAUAUUAAAAAGUUUAAUUAACGGUGAUUCGGAUAAGCUUAUAAUUAAAGUGGUCGUAAAUUGUUUAAAGUUGUUAUUAACUGACGUAAUCAGGCCGUGACUUCAUCGGUACAUGCCGUCGGCUUUUAACGAAAGUGGUUUCCUUGUGGGCUCGAAAUCAGAGCGGCGAUAAAGGGGAAACUUUCAAAAGUGAUUCGCAAUUUCCUAUCCGAGUGAGCGGGGAGUGGAUGAGUUAGCAAGUUCGGGAGUAGCGGAGCAGGCGAGCGUAUUUUCAGUGAGUGAUCGGGAUAAAGUUUUUGCCGAUGUAAUUUAAUUAAAUAAGCAUGAACGACCCGUGGGACGUUAAGUCCCGUCAAGUCGGGCAAUAUGUGUCCUGUAUGAAGAUAAAUGGAGUGCCACUGCUGCCACCACUUCUCUCCAAAGAAUGUCGGAAAGAAAUGCAAUAUUACAAACUUCUUGCCAAAGAAGUUGAGAAACGGAUAGUGGAUCUAAAAGCUUAUGUCAGCGACAGUGAGGAAGACUCGGCUCAGGACAACACCGACGCCCCUGAGUUGCUACAGGACUAUGAACAGCCACAUGACCAUGUUCAACAAAUCCUACAAGUCUUUGACAGUAAUAUGACAACAUUUAGAGAAGACAAGCUUGAAGAAACUUUAUCCGCUUCUACAACCAACACAGACAGUAAUUCUCCAGACUUGUGCAAUACUGUUUCUUCCAGUAAUGCGUCAUACAGUCUGCCAAAGUUCUCAGUAAAUAGCCUCCAAAAUGAAAUCAGCAACAGCAUGGACAAGAUCAAUAGUUCACAACACACACCACAACCUAUUGAGCCUCCUGAACGAGAUUGUAACACUACUCCUAAGAAAAUUACUGAAGUAGAGAAAUUAACUGAUGAUGAAAUUUCUUUUGAUGGCAAAAAACCAGAAAGAGAAAUAGUAGACUUGUUAAGGGUUGAAUUUGACAUUAGUAAAGUAGAACCACUUUUAUCUGGUGUUUUUCCAGAUAUGACAAUGACAGAUGGACCUGCAUCUCUCGGUUCUAAAAGUUUUACAGGCUCUUUAAAUAAUAUUCACAGUGAGAGUGUCAAAGAUGCAGCUACUUUAGUUCGUCAAAGUUCCUACACAGUGCUAAAUCCAAGUCCAAUGCUUUUAGCUCAUUUAAAAGUACAAUCUCUGAGCACUGGAGUAGAAGUGACCUCUAUUUCCAUGAGCGACUCACUAUCAAACCUGAAUACACCAAAAAAACGAAGAAGUUGGGACUUAGAGUCAGCUAAAAUCAAAUGGUCAUCCAUGGCUCACGAGCUAAAGCAAAAAACAGCACAAACUAAACCAGUUGAUAAUAAGAACCUUUCUAAAUCCUCAGUUAAAAAACCUCAGCAAACUCCAAACAGAUCUAAAUCUGUAUGUGAAAAGCCGAGGCGACCCAGCUUGCCUGGCAAAGCUCUGAAAUCAGAACCUGUUCAGAACCAGAAGACUAAAAAGUGCACUCCAAGUCCAUAUGCAGAUACAAAUUCUACAAACGUAAAAGAACUAAAAGCAAAUAACAAUACCCAACCGUCACCAAAGAAACUAAUUUCAGAAUGUGAGGAUCCAGCGACUAAAGUAAAAGAGUUAUACGAAAGAAUACAAAAUCAGCAGCUUCUACAGAUGGCAAACUUAGUUGAAAAGCAAAAACGCGAGCAAAUGUUACUACAGCAAGUUUUCGACGAGCAAAACAGCAUACUUUACAGACAACUGAAAACUAUAUGUCCUAAAUCGCCCGUCGAAGCGAAAGCCGCGUGGGCCGACAAAGUGGACCGAGGACCCGUCAGUUUGAGUCAAUUAAUAAACCACAAGUCACCAGACUCUUUAACAAGCACUCUAACCGACACCCACAAUAAUUUAAACAAGUGUGCUGAGGUUUUGAAAAUGAGUAAAGAUAUCAGUGGUAGUAUAAAGAAACAGAACCAACCUGGAACUCCUACAGAUGGAAGUAGAACGCGUACUCACUCACCAAAAAGGACGAGAACUUCGAGAAAACUUAGUUACGAUACUUCGUCUUCGGACAGAGAGUUUGAACCGAUAUUGACCGAUCGAACGAACGAUACGUUGGCGGGGCUGAACGUGACAUUUACUUCUGAUAGUGAUGAACCGACUUUCAUGGAAAAGCAGACGUCUAAGCACAGUGCGGUGCGGAGCGUGGAACAUUCUGUGAAGGUGCCGGCACGUCUUUCACGUCCCGUUCAAUCCAGGUUGCCGCCAACGCCUGAGCAGCUGGCCGCGGCCUCCACCAUAGUGGCACACGCGAAGGGCUACCUCGUGCGCCGGUUGCUCCGUACUGAGAGGGUCCAAGCCACCGUCCAGACGAUCAAAGAUGCGCUGCUCUGUGCGCUGCAAAUGCACCAGGACAGAGCGGGGAUCAGGGGAGCUGAUGUAGACUUGCACCGGCGGCUUAUUCAGCAGAUCACGGCUGCUUGUUAUUCACUCCACGACACAUUCGUGGCAAGUACGCCGGCGGAGCGCUGCGCCCUCAUCGCAGCGGACCGGGAGCGCCGCCGGCAGAAACCGACCCGGCCCUACAGAACGGACAUAAUGUCGCAAAGCCACAGCGGCGCGUUCCCUGCGCGCGUGCCGCGCUCCAGCGCGCACUCGAUGACGCAGUCCCACCACGGUAACGCACACUAAAUGUUGCCAGAGACGUUUAGCAGCACGAAGUUGAACUCGCGCUACAUGCCUUCCCCGCGCCGCCGCCCGUGGCGCUGACAUCGCAACCUGCCGCGAUGCUUCUCGCAACUCUGCUUCCCUGGUACCUAAUAAUGUCUACUUGGCUAUCAUUAGUGUUAGGGCGUUAACACAUUCGCGGACACGAAUGCUAUAACAGUCGCGUAGUUUUUUGUUUCCUUUCGCCUGUGACACAUGACGUUGAACGUGUUGACACUUUGAACGCCUAUCGUGUGCGGCGCGUCAUCGUGAACCUUGCCAGAAUGCACGAAAACUGAUAUAAGGGUGUAGCCGCGCGCAUCAGUUUACGUCUUUGGCGGUCACAGUUGAGAUUUUUGUUCGCCAAAUGCAUUGAGAUUUGGGUGCGUAGCUAAUGUGCGUUAACGCUUCGUAGCGAACGAAACGCAACUCACUGUCGCACUAGGUGUGAAAGAGUGAUAGAGAUGACUACGCUACGCUACGGAGCGUUAACGACUGGCACGUUGGCUACGAAAAAAUUGAAAAUCGUUAAGUACUCGUAUCUGCUUCUCUAUAUGCUCUUGCAUUUUCGAACUUCGAUGUUAGGGCCUCUGAUUACGUAAAACAUUCAACUUUCUUAUUCAGCUGAUAAUAUUGCAUUAUUGUUUUUGAGUGUUUUAUUGUAACCCAAUUUGUAUUAUUUAUAGACUAUUUUAUCUAACAAGGCUGAUGUUGAUGUACAUACAUUGUCACAAAGAAAUGUCACAUAACAAAUGAUGAGAAUUAUUCUCAAUUUCUCUCAUCGAAACAAUAUUUUUCUAAAAUUAUGAAUAUUCCAAUAUUGAACUUUAAUUACAAGUAAUAAGUUACAGCUUCUUUAAUAAUUAAGUUGCAAGACUGUAUAAACAUGUAUUUUUCGUAUUCCAAUAAUCUUCGACGUCUCUCUAUUAUUAUAAAAACAUAAUCUUAGACGUCUAAUAAAGCAUUUAAUAAAUAGUAUGGUUGUAAAACGUUAUUCCAUUUGCGAAGCUUCCAAACGUAACGUAACGUGCCUGGCCUAACGCACGAAAUUGCACGAAUUGUAGUUUUAUUAUGCUCUUAAAAAAAUACACACAUUUUUUUUGUAUGAGCAGAAAAGUGUAAUUUUUUUAGAAGUGCUCUUAUUCUCAAUAUAUCACAAAAUUAGACCUAAAAUUUGCCUUAAUAUUAAUAAGAGGUACCUUAUUGUGAUUUGGUGAAACCAAAAUUCGUCUUAGGCUUUUGGUAAUGAUUGUAUAAUCGUAUUGCACUAUUAGGUGAAGUCAAUACGGGUGUUAAAAGUUAAGUGUGGCUACGGGAUAAGUGUGACUGACUUUGGGGCAUGUUUACACAUGGAUCACCCCCUUUUUCAUAUUUUUUUACUGGUCUGAUUUAGUAUGUUUUAUCGCUUUCUUAAAAAAUAAAAUGACAAAGGCAAACAAUUCAUAGCAUUAAUUUAGGUCAGUAAUGCGUUUGUGAACAACGCCAUUAGUAUUUAUUAACCCCCUUAUUCAUAAACGUUUACUAAAGUUGACAAGCCGAUAAUAAUCGUUUGUCCCUUUCCAUCAUGGUCAUGGUCCUGGGUUCGAAUCCCAGUAAGGGCAUUUAUUUGUAUGAUGAUACAGAUAUUUCUUCCUGAGUCAUGGGUGUUUUCUAUGUAUUUAAGUAUUUGUAUAUUAUAUAUAUCGUUGUCUGAGUACCCACAACACAAGCCUUCUUGAGCUUACUGUGGGACUUAGUCAAUCUGUGUAAGAAUGACCUAUAAUAUUUAUUUAUUUAUUUAUUUAUCAUACCGAUACGUCGGAAAGGGAGAAACGAUUAUUAUCGGCUUGUUAACUUUAGUAAACGUUUAUGAAUAAGGGGGUAAGAGUUCAUAUUUGCCCCUAAAAGCAAGUAGCAAAUGUGUUAACUCGCAAUAAACAAACACAGCCACACUUUACCGUAUUGACUAAUGCAGCGGUCGGCAACCUUUUAGCAGCCAAGGGCCAAAUAGUAGUUACCGAAGUUGACGCGGGCCGCACUUUGUUAAUAUUUAUGACUUUAUCAGACAUUGUCGGUUUGUCAAUAUUACAUACAAAAUAGCCAGGCAGGCUCGUGGGCCGCAAGUGAGGGCCGCUUGUUGUCGACCGCUGCUUUAAAGCAGCUGUUGGCAACCUUUUAGCAGCCAAGGGCCACGUAGUAGUUAACGAAGUUGACGCGGGCCGCAGUUUUGUAAUAUUUGUGACUUUA